AUGUGCCAACAAGGCGCCCGGUCUGGCCGCAAAUGGGUUUAUGCUUUAUUCUUUCGCCAGUGCUUCGGCCGUCAGAGACGGGGGAGAGGGGAGGCAGAAGAGGAGCGGGUGGAGACGGAGAAGAAGACGAGGCGGGUCGUCGAGCCACGAAUUGUGAGGCCGUCUUGGCCGGUUUGCGUAAACAUGCCGUUUGCAGUGACGUUGCGCUGCUGCCCAUCACUGCUGGCGUCGGCCAGCCUCACGGACACCUGUGACCCCGGCCGGUGA